AUGGCAUCUGAUGAUGACAUACCAGCAGAAGACCCUGUGCAAUUUAGAGUGGUAGAUCAGAGGAAAAUGGUUGUUAGGGAAGUCAAAAAAGAUGGUAAAGAAAUUUAAGUAAUCAAACCGGAUAAAUGGUUCGUUUUUCACAAAUGCAAACAGUUUUGUGGUGAUGUACUUAAAAGGCUAUGCAAUUUGUCUAUUCUAAUCACACAACUAACAAUUUUGUUUCUUUAAAGUGCUAAAUUGAAUAGCAAUGCAGUUGUUAAAUGUAAAAAUUUAAGCACCCACCAUCAAUUUUCCUGUAGAUUUGCAGAAUAUACAUGGUGUAUUUUCAGGUUGGGAGAUCUGAGCCUGGAUGGGAGAAAGAAGCAUGCAGAUCAGUUUGGUGGCCUGAAGAAGUUGAAUUCACAGCUGUGAAUAAUAGCAGCAAGCGACCACAUCUGGAGGAUUUAAUUUCAAUCAUGCAUUCAUACAGAAAUUGGAAUCAACAACAGCAGCUUCAAGAGGUUGACAUCAAAGUAGAUGAUUCUGCUCACAGUCCUGUGAUUCCCAUUCCUGUAUCAUCAACACCAGCUUCUGCUUUUAUUUCUGAUCCUCCCUCAUCUGCCCCUGAAGUUUUUGCAAGCCCCAUUUGCCCUCCUGCUCCUUCAUCAACACCUGCUGUCACCACUUCUAUUUCUGAUCCUCCCUUUGCAACUCUUGAAGGUCACGUUCAACCUCGUCUUGUAUGGCAAUCUGUACUGCAAACCUGCAGUGAACUGAAUCAGAUCCAAACAUCAAACAUGCUGAGUAUUCUAGGAAAACUGGAUGAAGACGUAAGCUUCCUGUUAUUAAUUAAACUUCAUUUUGUUCAUUACUUUUUUGUGCAUGUAUGUGUGGCAAACAAAUAAACAAACAUACUAUUUCAUUUAUUUAUUUCACAAUUUAAUCUAGUCUAGGAUGCAAGUAUUUUGUUUUGAAUUUACCAUUCCUAAACAUUCUCUGUGUCAUUUCAUCAGCUGUCAGCUAAAGUUUUAAUACCAGUUGUUUAGCUAGAAGCUUGGGAAGGAGGCUAUGUCCAAGCAGUUUGGUCCUACUAACUCCAAAAGGUGGAUAUUGUUUGUUUAAGGGUCCACUAAUGCCAGGCCAAUUCCAGCUCUUUAAUGUGAUGUUAAAAAAGUUUUUUUUUAAUUUUUUCAAUUACGGUUGGGGCAUUUAAUGAGGAAUCCAUCAUGAGGGCAAACAUUCAUGAAAGGAGGCUGUUAAUUAACUCUCAUGAAUAAGAGUUAAUUAACAGCCUUUGACUAUUAAUAUUAAUGUUACUUUGUUUACCAAUUUGUGAUUUACCUAUUAAUGCAAGGUGUUUUUUUCUUUCCUAGACUGAAAUCCAUACAGUCAUAAAACCCCAAAUUGUGAGGGACAUUUUAGGAUGCAUGGUCAGAUUGCCUUGGGAGGUGAACUUAAGUUUAUCUCCUCACAUCCUGGAACAUCUCUCAAAGAUCUCUCCAUGUCAGUUUAUCAACAGCGAGAAUCAGUGCAAACUUCCAGAGCGGUAAAAAUUUUUGUAAUAGUUAUUAACUUGGGACAAUUAUCAUCAUCAUUAUUAUUGUUACUAUUAUCAUUAGUUUCAUUUAUAAAUUUUAUUGUAUUGCUUGUUAUUAACUUCAUAUUCUAUUGCUUUUAGAGAUUUUCCAGCUAUGUUGACCAGUCCAUUUAUGAGCUUGGUCUGGAGUCAUUCUACUCAAGUGGGGAUGGAAACUGCUUCUAUAAUUCACUAUCCAUAGUCAUGUCUGGAUAUGAAAGUGACAGUGAAAUUUUUAGACUUGGUGCAGCAAUGUAUGGUGUUGCUCACUCUGACCACAUUGUUGAUGCAGUAAGAACAAUCAGUUAGUUUUUCUUAUGUUUGCUAAGCUUAUUAGUGCACAAUUUAAACGUCCUUGUUUUAUGUUUUAAGUGAACUUUAACAGAGGUCAACCUCUGGAUCUCCUUUUCAAAGCUGAGACUGAGGCAUAAUAAAUCAAUCUUAAAUUAAUAUUUCAAAAUUCAUCUAAUAGUUCUUUCGUUAGGUGCUUGUUUAUGUGGUUGCUUGUUAUACAGAAAUAUUUUAAUCCAGCUGUUAGAGAAAUUUGCUACUGUGAUAUUCUCAGAUUACUUAGCAAGCAAUAUAAGGUUGGUUUUUUUUUCUUUAUCCUGUAAACACUAACUGCCAUUCAUGUCAAUUCAUUUCUUUUCAUCAACUUCAUUUGUUUCAUUGACUGCUUGCAAAACCCAAAAUCCUUUGAUCACUUUUGAUAAUUACACAAUGAUUUUUUGUGCUCACGUUUUUCGAUCAUAUUUGACAACUGUCCAAUAGACUAAUAUCUGUAGUAGCCAUCUCAGUGUCAUGUUAACCAUUCCUGUAGUUACUUAUUACCCUCUCUGUAGAAGUAACUAAACUGCAUUUCGAAAAAUUAUAUUCCAUUCGCAAUGUAACUUUAAAACGAGUUACUUUGUACUUCUGUCAUAUUUCUUUUUACAGAAUGCGAGGCAUUUUACUGAUAGAGGCGAUACUUUGCAGUGGGCAGCCAGUGUGAGCCUUUCACCGAACGAGGUUCAGGAAAUGAAAGACAAAUCCAUUCAAGAAAUUGUCGCAAAAAGUGUCUAAAGGCAAGUCUUCAAUGCCUUAAAGAAUUUUACUGAUAUAGGUAACUAACUUGUGACUUGUUCGUUUUAAGGACUGGCUCACAUUCUUUUGAAUCAAUUCCACAUCUUUAUCAUCUCAUUACAACCAGGUAUCAGCUCGUUUCUCCACACAAGUUGGCAUUACAAUACUGACAUCCGCAGUUUUUUUUUUAAGAACUCUUGCAGGAAACCUUUGCUGCCGGCUUUUUAA